AUGCGGCCAGGGGCCGCCGAUCAGCAAGCUUACUGGGCGCUGGAAAGGGUGCAGCACUGGGCGCGGCGCCUGGAGCAGGAGAUCGACGGCGUGAUGCGCAUCUUUGGGGGCGCCCAGCAGCUCCGGGAGAUCUACAGGGACAACCGGAAUCUGUUCGCGGUGCAGGAGAACGAGCCUCAGAAGCUGGUGGAGAAGGUGGCCGGCGACAUCGAGGGCCUGCUGGCCAGGAAGGUGCAGGCCCUGAAGAGAUUGGCCGAUGCCGCAGAGACCUUCCAGAAAGCCCACCGCUGGCAGGACAACAUCAAGGAGGAAGACAUCGUGUACUACGACGCCAAGGCUGACGCUGAGCUGGACGACCCUGAGAUUGAGGAUGUGGAAGGGGGGGCCAAGGUCAGCACCCUGAAGCUGGACUUCGUUGAGGACGCCAACUUCAAGAACAAGGUCAACUACUCGUACACGGCGGUGCAGAUUCCCACGGACAUCUACAAAGGCUGUGAGUGCAGCGAGGUCGGGGACGUGUGCGCACACGCGCCCCACGCGUGCAUGCAUGCCCAGGAUGGCCCCUCACGCUGGGCCGCCCACCCUCCCUCGUUCCCUGGCCCCAUCUGGGCCCUUCCCUGCCAGACCCACUCACCCCUUUCCCCUACAGCCACCCCGUGGCGAGCCCCCAAGAAAAUCGACCUGUACGACGUCCGAAGGAGACCCUGGUACAUCCAGGGGGCCUCCUCGCCCAAGGACAUGGUCAUCAUCGUGGACGCGCAGCCCGUGUCCUGCUUCACGCACCUGGUGCAGGCCAACGUGCGCAACAAGAAGGUGUUCAAGGAGGCCGUGCAGGGCAUGGUGGCCAAGGGCACCACGGGCUACAAGGCCGGCUUCGAGUACGCCUUCGACCAGCUGCAGAACGUGCGCGUGUUCACCUUCUCCGUGGGGCAGCACAACUACGACGUCACGCCCCUGCAGUGGAUGGCCUGCGCCAACAAAGGUUACUAUUUUGAGAUCCCUUCCAUCGGCGCCAUCCGCAUCAACACACAGGAAUAUCUGGACGUGCUGGGCAGGCCCAUGGUGCUGGCGGGCAAGGAGGCCAAGCAGGUGCAGUGGACCAACGUGUACGAGGACGCGCUGGGGCUGGGGCUGGUGGUGACAGGGACCCUCCCCGUGUUCAACCUGACGCAGGAUGGCCCUGGGGAGAAGAAGAACCAGCUGAUCCUGGGCGUGAUGGGUAUUGAUGUGGCACUGAAUGACAUCAAGAGGCUGACUCCCAACUACACGCUUGGAGCCAACGGCUACGUGUUUGCCAUUGACUUGAACGGCUACGUGUUGCUGCACCCCAACCUCAAGCCCCAGACCACCAAUUUCCGGGAGCCCGUGACUCUGGACUUCCUGGAUGCAGAGCUGGAAGAUGAGAAUAAGGAGGAGAUCCGUCGGAGCAUGAUUGACGGCAACAAGGGCCACAAGCAGAUCAGAACACUGGUCAAGUCCCUGGACGAGCGGUACAUCGAUGAGGUGAUGCGGAACUACACCUGGGUGCCCAUAAGGAGCACCAACUACAGCCUAGGGCUCGUGCUCCCUCCCUACAGCACCUUCUACCUCCAAGCCAAUCUCAGCGACCAGAUCCUGCAGGUCAAGUAUUUUGAGUUCCUGCUCCCCAGCAGCUUUGAGUCUGAAGGACAUGUUUUCAUUGCUCCCAGAGAGUAUUGCAAGGACCUGAAUGCCUCCGACAACAACACCGAGUUCCUGAAAAACUUCAUCGAGCUCAUGGAGAAAGUGACUCCGGACUCCAAGCAGUGCAACAACUUCCUUCUGCACAACCUGAUCUUGGACACGGGCAUCACCCAGCAGCUGGUGGAGCGCGUGUGGCGGGACCAGGAUCUCAACACGUACAGCCUUCUGGCCGUGUUUGCUGCCACCGAUGGCGGCAUCACCCGGGUGUUCCCCAACAAGGCAGCUGAAGACUGGACAGAGAACCCGGAGCCCUUCAAUGCCAGUUUCUACCGCCGCAGCCUGGACAACCGCGGAUACGUCUUCAGGCCCCCACACCAGGAGGCCCUGCUCAGGCCUCUGGAGCUGGAGAAUGACACGGUGGGCAUCCUGGUCAGCACCGCUGUGGAGUUCAGUCUGGGCGGACGCACCCUGAGACCAGCAGUGGUGGGUGUUAAGCUGGAUCUAGAGGCCUGGGCUGAGAAGUUCAAGGUGCUAGCCAGCAACCGUACCCACCAGGACCAGCCUCAGAAGUGCGGCCCCAGCACCCACUGUGAGAUGGACUGCGAGGUUAACAAUGAGGACCUGCUCUGUGUCCUCAUUGAUGACGGGGGAUUCCUGGUGCUGUCGAACCAGAACCACCAGUGGGACCAGGUGGGCAGGUUCUUCAGUGAGGUGGAUGCCAACCUGAUGCUGGCGCUCUACAACAACUCCUUCUACACCCGCAAGGAGUCCUACGACUACCAGGCCGCCUGCGCCCCACAGCCCCCGGGCAACCUGGGUGCUGCUCCCCGGGGCGUCUUUGUGCCCACCAUCGCAGACUUCCUGAACCUGGCCUGGUGGACCUCGGCGGCGGCCUGGUCCUUGUUCCAGCAGCUUCUCUAUGGCCUCAUCUACCACAGCUGGUUCCAAGCAGGUCCCGCCGAGGCCGAGGGCAGCCCCGAGGCGCGCGAGAGCAGCUGCGUCAUGAAGCAGACGCAGUACUACUUCGGGCCGGUGAACGCCUCCUACAACGCCAUCAUCGACUGUGGCAACUGCUCCAGCGCCGCCUUGGCCGCCUCCUUGACUCCCCACCCAUGCCCAGCGGACGGCCCGGAGCAGUGCGAACUGGUGCAGAGACCGCGAUACCGGAGAGGCCCGCACAUCUGCUUCGACUACAACGCGACAGAAGAUACCUCAGACUGCGGCCGCGGAGCCUCCUUCCCGCCGUCGCUGGGCGUCCUGGUCUCCUUGCUGCUGCUGCUCCUCCUGGGCCUGCCUCCCGGGCCGCAGGCUCAUCAAGUCCACGCCCACACCUCGCGCCGCCUCUGAGCAGCCCUCCUGGCUCCCCCCAGGCCUCCCGCAUUCCCCGCUCCCCCUUAGAUCCUCACCCCCUAUCUCACUGAAGGACUGAACGCACCAGGCCCCCGGAGGCUUAGCCUUGGAGCGGGUGCGGGGUGCCCACAGGAGGGCGCUGCAGGUCUUUGGCGCCCAGGCACAUCUGCUGCUGAACUGUCCGUGUCUCCAGACCCCCAUUCCCGCUGGACUUACCCAUCCCUGGGACAGGGAAGCCACAGUACUGGUGCCAAACCAGGCCCCACUGCCCACCCUGCCCCACGGAACUGCUCCAACCUGGCCCUGCUACCCGACUUGGGACCAAAUGUGGGUUCCCUGGGGACAGCGGAGCCCCGUGCGUUCCAGCUUCAGUCCUGGCAGGAGAGGUCCUGGGCCAGCACCCCCUGGGUCCUGCUCCUCUCGGGCCUCCAUCCCCUUCCCCCUCCACCCAAGCCCGGCAGGUGUCAAGCAGUGACAUAAAACUGGCUCAGACACACCCACACACACCUGGAGCCUGAGGGCAGGAACUGAACUCAGAGUAGACACAUCCCGGAGGACACACACACACAGACACGCACACGGGGCGGGGUGGGUGGGGCUCACGAAGCCUUACAGAGGGGCGGGGUUGGCGGGAGGGCUGGCAUGCGCACACUCCUGCUCCUGCUCACUGCCCCGCUCUAACCUGACCUGCAGCCCAGCUGAUCCUCCAUCUAAAGCUGAAUGUCAAACAGUGCCAAAUGCUGGGGCGGGGGGCAAAGGCCCCUCUGUCCCCCCCCAGCCGCCAGUGUCCCCUAAAUGCCCUCACCCCCCCUCCCAGGUGCUCAUUGUUACCAUUUAUCACUAGUGUCAGGCCCCUGUGGGACCACAUGCCACUGCCCGCACCCCCGGCAGAGGACCCCUCACCAGACAGCGCCCUUUGCCUUAGCAGGGUGACGUGAUUGCUCCUGGCUGGGCCACCCCACCCCCCAAUCUGGCCCUUACACACUCAGGCCUGUGCCCACCUCCUGUCUCCUUCCCAUUCACACACACUCCCUACCCCCAGGAGGCCAAACUGCUCCUCCCUGCUGAACACACACUUGCACACGCAUACACACAUAGACACCCACUCUGUGCACACAAAGAGGCUGGGCCUGGGCACACUUCUUCACACCAUUCAUUCUGGUCAUUUCCUCCAGAGGCAUCCCAGCCUGGGGGCUGCGGGGGGGACUGAGGGCAGGGGAUGUGGCCAUGGGGCUCAGAUGGACUGGGAGGAGGGGGGAGGGGGAUGCAUUAAUUAAUGGCUCCGUUAAUUAAUGUCAUGUUGCUUGUCGCUUUCUCGGUGUGUGUGUCUGGUCCAUGCCCGCUGCUGGUGCCAGGGUGGGUGUCCGUGCUGGACACCCAGCCUCGAUGCCAGCCGUGUCUUGCGGGGGCGUGUGUGUAACUGUAGUGUAGUCAGGUGCUCAAUGGGGAACAUAAAAAUAAAGAAGAAUCAAACAUAUACAGAAAAAUAAAUAUAUAUUUUAAGUUUAAAAAACGGAAAAACAGACAAAACAAUUCCCAUCAGGUAGUUUUCCAACCCCCAGCUGGGUCUGAUCCUUCUCAUUGUCCACCUGACCUGGCUGCCCCCUCACCUCGGGCUCGGGGGAUCUGGGGGGGACUGGGGGGCCAUCUCCUCUUCUCUGCCCUUUUUUUUGGUUGUUCUAUUUUGUACAGACAAGUCAGAAAAACAACAGCGACAAAAAAGUCAAGAAACUUUGUAAAAUAUUGUGUGUGUGAUUCCUUGUAAAAUAUUUUCAAAUGGUUUAUUACAGAAGAUCAGUUAUUAAAUAAUGUUCAUAUUUUCACUUCAAA